GAUAGCCGCUUGGGUUCUUCUCAUCACGAAAUCACAGUAGGUAACGCCGCCUUGUUGGAUUCAAAUUCGGGUUCCAAAUUCCGAUGUCUUGUACCGGUCAUCUCGUCGAGUAGAACACGACGCCUUCGGCCAUCGACAAUUCCGAUGUCUUUACCGGUCAUCCCAUGGGCCGGUUGGAGUUCAUGGAGGAGAGGCAGCGGUUUCGCCCGAUCCAGAUCUCCAAUGAAUCAACCAAAAGACAGGGAUCCCCCUGCCAUCAGGAUGACAAUGCUCAUGGCGGCAAAAUAAUGAAAUAUUCAGGACCAGAACUUCCAGAGGACAUCUGGUCUCACAUACAUUCCCUAAUGCUGCUACGAGAUGCUGCCCGCGCUGCUUCUGUGUCUCAUGCCUUCCUUCGUUCCUGGAAAUGCCAUCCCAACCUCAUAUUUGAUCAGCUCAAUUUAGGCCGUGCUGGAAUCAGCAGGGGUUUCAUCAGCAGAGUUGAUCACAUUCUGAAAACACACUCAGGCAAGGGGUUGAAGAAGCUCAAACUUGACUUUACUAAUCAUUACAACGCCAAGGCCAGCAGCUAUAUUGAUAUCUGGCUUCAGAUGGCUAUUACAGCAGGUAUCGAAGAACUCUCCCUUAAGAUGUUUUCAAGGAAGGGAGUGUACAACUUCCCAUGCUCAUUUCUGUCCAAUGAGAGUAGGAGCUCAAUCGGGUAUCUUCACCUUGAGAACUGUGCCAUCCGUCCCACAGUCAGACUCGGUAGCUUGAGAAGCCUGACGAUACUGCAUCUGUGUGACGUGAGUAUUACCGGAGAUGAGUUACAAUGCCUUCUUUGCAGCUGUGAUUCUCUGCAGCGUUUGGAGCUCACAGGAAAUGCUCUGAGAUAACUUGUCUGAAGCUACCCUUCCUGCUGCAGCAGCUCAGCUGCCUGCAGGUAUCUGAAUGCCACCAGCUGCGAACGAUCUAUUUCCAGUUCUAAGCUAAGUGGUAAAAAAUUAAUGCUCUUGCUUGGAGAGUCAUUGCGAUUGAAAAGCCUAGAGAUUGGCCGUUCCCGUGACGUCGUCUAUUAUGCACAUAAAGAGCUUCCUAUCAGUGCGCCGAAUCUCCAAAGUCUUACCAUAUAUUCUGCUUAUGAGAAGGUCAAAAGCAUAAUGGCGCCUAGCAAGUUCCUCCACUUGAAGUACUUGAAAAUUUCUCUUUGUUGCACCUAUGAUUAUUUGUCGCUGGUUUGUUUUCUUGAUGCUGCUCCCUCCUUGGAGACAUUCAUACUGAGUGUAUCAAUACCGUCAGAGCGUGUGGACCGUAAAUCGAUUUUUGGAGACAUCUCACCUUUUCGGCGAAUGCCAGGAUACCGCCAUGGCAAGCUCCAGAGAGUGAAUAUUGCUAGGUUCUACUCUGAAAAGAGCUUGGUCGAGCUGGCUUGCCAUAUUCUCGAGAAUGCAACAUCACUCGAGUGCCUUACACUGGACACCACUAGAGGCCAUUAUAAGUGUGGUCUCACCGGGUCAUCCAAAUGCUAUCCCAUGCGUAAUCACACAUGGACGUUCCAAAAGCAAUAUCGGCGAUAAGAACAUACAUCGAGGGAAUAGUUCCCUCUUCUGUUGAGUUGAAUGUUGUGAAGCCUUGCAGCCGGCGCUGUGGUAGGAAAUUUACAUGAUCAAUCGGUUGCCAGUGUGUCUUUUAUUCAUGCUCGGUGGUUAGAACCUCCAGUGGCCGCCAACCUGAAUGUUCCACUAUUUUCUCAAACGGUGUCUGAAAGGUCCAAUCUUCAUUCCAUUGGUCUUCAGUUUUAGCUUAUCUUUGGUUAAACUUCAAGACAUGCCUUCCUUUAUUCCUUUGUGAUGUGUACAAGUUCAUCAAGUGUAACGAGUAGUAUGACGACAAAGCGAGGAACGAC